AUGCUGUGGAAAACAGUGUCUCGAUGUGUUCAUAUUUCCAUCCCCCACCUGGCCAAGGCAUCUCCAGCCAAGGUAGAUGCAUCUCUCUUAUCAAGACUCCGCAAAAACACCGGGUACUCGUUUGCCAACUGUCGAAAAGCCCUGGAUGUGUUUGGGGAUGACUUGGAGAGGGCAGAAUUAUGGCUGAAGGAGCAGGCCAAGAAGGAAGGCUGGGCCAAGGCAACUAAGCUCCAAAACCGAGUUGCUCUUCAAGGACUCCUCGGUCUCGCUGUGCGGCCAAACCUGGGGGUCAUCGUGGAAGUGAACUGCGAGACAGAUUUUGUAGCCCGAAAUGCCCGCUUCAGGAAUCUGGUUGCCGAAGUGGUCUCCACUUGUGUGGAAAACUGCUCAUUUGGUGCCAUUGAUAGGCAUCAUUUGAGUGCCAGUGAGCUGUCAGCCAUGCAUUCUCCUCAUUCUGACAAGUCUCUUGCUAAUCUUGUGGCCUCUGAAGUGGGUCAGAUCGGGGAGAACAUAGUGCUUCGACGAGCAGGCAUUCUACGAGUUGCUCCACCAGUGCGGCUCUGCGGAUACGUCCAUCCUGCCGAGGCACCCAGUGACAGCAACAUUUUGCUAGGGAAAUUUGGGGCUCUCCUUGCAUAUUCAACCAAUGGGAAUUCCAGUGAGGAAUCACAUGCCUUAGCCCGUCAAGUGUGUCAGCACAUUGUGGGCAUGAACCCAACCCAGAUUGGCAGUUUGGAGGAAUUUAGGGAGUCUGGAGCACCUCAAAAGCAAGAUGAAGUUAAGGAAUCAGAGGAAACCCACAAGGAUGGAGAAUCGGGAGGAAAGGAGGAAAGUGAGCAUGAUGAAGAGCUUCAAACCAGCUCGAUAGAUGACAGUGAGGAACGUCUAGUUUUCCAGAAGUAUCUUCUUGAUGACACCAUCCAGGUUGGCAAUGUGUUGUUGGACAAUGGCUUGGACGUGGUGAACUUCAUGCGCUUUGAAUGUGGGGAAGUUCAAUCAUAA